CGAUUCGGAACGGGAUGUUUAUUUCUUUUCGCUCCUGUUUUUCGGACCCUUGUUAUACGAGUGUUUAUGGUGGUAAAACCCAACACGUAUAAGCUGUAAAUACCAACAAGCGGUAAAAUAAUUGGACUUGUGACAGGACAGGGAAAAGUGAAGUUUAUCCUCUCUGUUUCGUCGAGGAAACAAUUCACAUCUUAACAGGAACUAUAUGUCAUCCAUCAGGUUAAUAUUCAUGUUGUGCGUGGUUUUUGACCAAGGGUAAUUGAACGCAGACGUGACGAUCGUACAGCUGCUGAAAUGGAGCUUAUAGUCAUCGCGGUCUCUCUGUGUGUUAUCCUCAUCGUACUGGGCCAGCCGUCUUCAAGUCGUGAAAUCGAGAACAUCGAACUGGAUGAGGAUGAAGAAAGAGAAAUCGUCUCGCCAGACUAUCCCGACAAUUUCAAUCUCAACCUAGACUACCUGUUGCUCGUGUCAACAAGUCGUGGUAGAAACAUUUACGUCGACUUCACUAAAGUACUCCUACGGGAGAACAUCGACUUCAUCUACGUUGGGGACGGCAGUAUCAUCGAUAAAACGACUGUCUUUCUUAAUCUAACUGGACGCGAUCCGGUAUCGACGAGUAUCGUAUCUCCUACCGAGAGCAUUUGGAUAUGGUUCACUUCCGGGGGGCAAGGUGAUAUACUGGCAGAAAGGAGAUUUAUGUUUGAAAUAAAAGAGACUAAGCGAAUCUCUCUUGAUGACAACAGUUCCGCUCAGAUCACAUCUAGGGACUACCCCUCCGACUAUCCAAACGACUGCCAUCAGCUGUGGUUCGUGUCUUCCCCAAGUGGGUCCCGGGUUCGAAUCAGCUUCCUCGCCUUCGCCAUGGAGAAGGAGGCUGACUACGUGACGAUCGGCACCGACUGGGAAGCCGCGGGCGAUGGCGACCACGUCCUGGUUCGCUACUCUGGGGAGUUUCUUCCCGAUGACGUCAUCACAACCGUCGGUGAUGUCUGGAUUGAGAUGGUGACGGACCUAAGGAAAGAUGAUGACGGGUUUACGUUGACGCUCCAAUCAACGCAGCUAGGUGAGUUUCAAUCGCAUGUGCACUUAUUGCAUGAAUGCAUGUUGCACACGAGGCGUCAUUUAGCUGACGUAGGUUCUCCGUCAACGAAUGGCGUAUUGAUAAAUUACUUCCACAAGCUUGAUCGGCGCAGGUAAUAACCCAGUCGACAUUAUACUUGAUGCUUUUUCCCGAUAUGAGACUGCGUCAGCGACUGCGUCAGCGGCAUGCGCUACCUUUGACACACCGUGACGUGUGAGAGUAACAUCGUUCAAAACGUGAAUACAAAAUAAACAAUGCAAACACUACUUGCAUUUACUAGCGUAUUGACAAACUGACUUGACAGAUGACAUCGCAUUCCGCAUGACGUUUCGUGUGUAACGGCGCAAGAUCUCAUUGUAUCCUGACACAGCUUACCACAGAGAUAAACUAUUA